AUGAAUUUUAAAGGUGACUUGAAAAAAGGCACUCUGUAUCAUCUAAAGAAAAGUGAAAUAUACAUAAUGAAAAUUCAAUUUCAUGGGAGUGAUUAUUGUGAAGUUGUCAUUUCCAUGAAUGAAAAGAUUCAAUUGCAUUUUCCUGUUAAAAGAGUGGCUAAAUCUGUUUAAUUAAACUCAUGCAUUCCUUAAAUAAGAGAUCUAGAACCUUAUCGAAGAGAAGGAACUACAUUCAUAAUCAGAUUAAGUUUGGUAAAAUUAAAAAGGGAAAUUAAUAAUUCAGACUGA